GUAUUGCUGUGCCAGCUCGGGAGUCGGAAGUUCUCACCUGCUGUUUGGUGUGCUUGCAUCGCAGUCCCAAAUACGUUCAGCAACCGGAGAUCGCAGCGAUCAGAAGUGCCCAUCGGCUGUUUCUGUGCCGCUCAGCGUUGCAUGUGGGUCGAGGCUGGAGCCCCGCGAUGCGCAUCUGUGGAGGACGCAGAUCAGUUUUAGUUACGCAUCGCCGCUCAUCGGCACCAGCAGUGCCGGACAAGGUUCAGCGGAGCAGAAGGCAUUGAUCCGGGGGCUUGUGCAGGCAAGCGCUAGUGGACUCGCUAGUCCUCAGUCCUCAGGGGCUAGACUUUAGCCCAUAACCCAGCCGCCAUUUCUGGGCGAUCGGUGUCGAUCGAUCAUCGAACAGACCAGCUAGCAUUGCAGGCGACAGUCGCAGCCAGGCAGAGCGCGCGGGGGCAGCAAAGCCAGCUUGACCUUUAGGCAAGCCCUGACGCCAGCCGCUACGAUGCUCUACACCUUCACCCACUACGCGACGCUCUAUGAGCUCUACGUGGGCCUCCUGCGCGGCCUUAUCGCCGUUGCAGUCUGCCUGUCCAUGCUUAUCAGCGUGGAUCGCCUCUACAAGGUCUUCGUCUACAUGAAAAUCCAGAUGAGGACGAGGCUAACAGGGCGCAAGCCAGAGCAUGAGUUUUCGGCGCGUCCUCUACCGGACCCAGCAGCAUACAGCAUGGUGUACCCAAAGGUCGCGGUACAGCUGCCCAUGUUCAAUGAACGGGCUGUCUGCCAGGCCAUCAUUGACUCGGCGUGCGAGAUGCAUUGGCCUAGCGACAGAUUCUGCGUACAGGUGCUGGAUGACUCCACCUGCAAAGCCACGAGGCAGCUGGUGGACGAGAAGGCUGCAGAGUGGGCAGAGAGAGGCGUCAAGUGCGAGGUUGUGCGCCGCACCAACCGCCAGGGAUACAAGGCCGGAGCCCUCAAGGACGGCCUGGACCUGUUGGGAGACUAUGACUACAUCGCCAUCUUCGAUGCUGACUUCAAGCCGGAGUCAGACUUCCUGAUGCAAACCGUCCCCUACCUGAUUGACAACCCCGAGGUGGGCUACGUGCAAGCCCGCUGGGUCUUCGCCAACCCCGACGAGUCAUACCUGACUAAGGCCCAGGAGAUCUCCCUCAACUUCCACUGCAAGUGCGAGCAGUUUGUCCACUUUGCCAGCGGCAGCUUCUUCAACUUCAAUGGCACUGCCGGCGUGUGGCGUCGCAAGACCAUUGUCACGGUCGGCGGCUGGAAGUCUCGCACUACAGUGGAGGACAUGGACCUGUCUCUGCGUACCUACGUCAACGGCUGGAAGGCCGUCUACCUCAGUGACACCACCUGCAUGAACGAGCUCCCCGCCAGCUUCUUCGCGUUCAGGAAGCAGCAGCACCGCUGGACGUGCGGCCCAGUGCAGCUGUGGCGGCGUUGCUCAGGGGACAUCUGGAACUCCAGCCUCCCCCUGGCAGCCAAGCUGGAGCUCCUGGUCCUCUACUUUGGCAUCCGCAAAUUCGCCACCCACUGGGUCUCCCUCGGCUUCUUCUGCACCCUCGUGCCCCUCUCCGUCUUCACCCCCGAGGUGAACAUCCCUCUCUGGGCGCUGGUGCACCUGCCGGUGGUGGUGACCAUCACCACAGCAGUGUUCACGCCCAAGGGCUGGCUGCACUGCAUCCUCUACGUGCUCUUUGAGAACGCCAUGGGCAUCGUCAAGCUGUGGGCCGUCAUCGCAGGCGUGCUUGACCUGAAGCAGGCGCAGGAGUGGGUUGUCACCACCAAGCUGGGCUCCUCCGACAAGCGCCCCGGCACCGGCGCGGGAGCGCCGGCCCCCGUGCUGCGUUUCUACGCCAGUGAGAUGAUGAUGUCCACCUUUGUGCUGACCGCCGCCUUCUACGGCAUCUUCUCCGUCAACAAGUGGUCCUUCUCCAUCUUCCUCACCCUCCAAGGGCUGGUGUUCUUCGCCUUUGCCUUCAACAUGGUGGACUGCGGUGGAAUCCUGGGCGGCCGUCUGGGCAACAACGUCAACAUGCACGCUGCCUCCCUGAAGAAGGCCAAGGCGGCAGCGGAUAGCUACAAGGCGACCGGCAACAAGGGGUGCAACAUGGUGUCCGCCGCUCGCAACCUGUCGGUCAACGGCGCGGCGCUCAAGCCGGCCUACAGUUCCAUCUUGUGAUCUGCCACGUCAGGGAACGCCUGCGGCUGCCCGCGGCGCUGCCACCUGCCCGCUCCGGGCAGCCUUGCGCUGCCCGCCGGGCAGCGUCCCAAUGGGCAAACAUUGUGGGCUGCAGCACAUUGGCUGGAGCUCUCCUAGAGUAGUAACAUCAGGACCGGACUUUUGAGGUGCGAGGGAGGUGGCGCGCUGUUCUGCCUCUCGGUGGGGAGCUCGCGGGCUUGGAGUUUUUGCUGUUGUGCGCUCGGCUGGCUCGGGCUGUUCUGCUGCAAUUCUCCUGGCGGCUGCUUUUUUCACCGGGUGGGCUGCUGCGGAGGUAGGCUGCCUGCAGCAGUAGGGUUCUGAGAGCGGUGUGGGUGCCACCCAGCUGGCUGGCAGGCAGAGAGAAAGCAGAGACAAGGGCAGGGGCUAAUGGAUGAUACACAGGCGCGGCUGCCUGAUUGUGAUUGCUUACACUAUUUGUGGAAGUGCCAAAACGAACGCUGCUCCCUGCUAUGCGAGUGCGAUGCCGAGUCAGGCUCCUCUGGAGAGCAAAAUUGGCCCUGACCCCUAGAGCAAUAUUAGGAUAAUGUGUGUGGUACUUUGGAUACAUUCAUGUCCCCCCGACACCGUUUAUCACCCCUUGUCCGGAGCGCUGUCGCACACGUAGCAGAAUAGGCUGUCAGACGGAGGGCUUUUGAGAGACGCUGGCAGUCAGCACCCUUAUUUAUGCUAAUGUUGCACACGGGCUAGCACGGUUCCACAGAGGCUUCCUGAAGCACUGUUAUGUCUGUGUCCCCGCCAUCGACAGCAGGUCCAGCACAGAGACUGGACAAACCAUUCCAGCUUGAGAAGAGAGUGAGUCGUCUCUUGCUAGCACCAAGUCCUGUCAGAGUGCACUUGUCGCUUACCCAUUUGUCUGGUGCUGUUUCCACGCGUCACUGACGAUGACACAAUCUUCCUUCCAAGGGUAUGAUGUUUGGACAGAUGAUUUGCAAGGUUGAGGCAGCUGCAUCCAGCUUCGUGCUGGAUUGCCGCUCCUAAUAAUUAGGCAAUGUUGAUCCCCUGGAUCUGAGUGGCCUCCUCUGCAGUCACUGACAGAGACGGCGCUCUGACAACCUGCUUUUAGGCGGUCAAGAUAGGACGGACGAAUGCUGCAUGUCGGCGCUGCAUGCGCCCUAGGACAUGUGAUUGUGGUACUUGUGUUCGCUCUGCUCUUCUUUUGUGGUAUCUCUCGCAUUGGCAGCAGGGGCUAUAAUGGGGUAGUAGAUUCCGGGGCCCCCUAGAUAUGGGGCAGAACGAUGAACAGGGACCGAAGCACUGGUGAGUAGGUUUCUGCUCCGACAAAUUGGCACUUGCAGCGUAGACUCACUUGCAGUACUACUUACGGAUCCCCCUGAUGGGGCCUCGAUGACGAAGCUACCGGCAGUGAUGAGCUUGAAAUGAAUUGCACCCCCAGAAUUUUGAUUUGAUGCUUUGCAAGGAACGCCCCUCGUUGUGACCCGCCACCUGCAUGCAGCUCCAGCUGGGCUCCGGCUUUGAGGAAGUGGGCCCUUGCGCCCGGGGUGGUGUUUUGGAGGAUGCACCGAAAGUAUUCUGAAGUGGACCCAGCUGCUGCCUUGUUGCUCAUUGUAAUACACCAACAUGAUCAGAC